AUGUCGACCUUCAACGGAAUUGUCAAGGAGUUUCCCAAUAUUAGGAUUGACUUUUUUCGCACGCAUCCGGGCAAACCUCCUCCGGCAGCGUACUUCCUCAGUCAUGUCCAUAGUGACCAUUUACUGGGCUUGGAAUCGGUCAAGAUGCCGUUCGUCUACUGCUCAGCCACGACGCGGCGAAUCCUCCUCAAGCUAGAGAAAUAUCCACAUCGCAUCAACUUUGCGAAGGGUAUACUUGAGUCUCGUAAGCAACAUUAUCGUCACCUGAAGACGGUGUUGCGACCGCUCCCCCUUCACGCAAGUACCGAGCUUGAAUUGGGCCCAAAAUCUACAAUCAGAGUCACCUUGCUGGAUGCCAAUCAUUGCCCAGGAGCUGUUAUGUUCUUGAUAGAAGGGGACGGAAAGGCGAUAGUCUAUACAGGUGAUAUCAGGGCUGAACCAUGGUGGGUGAAUUCGAUUGUGCAAAACCCCGUAAUAUUGCCAUAUGCUUGCGGGCUGAAAACGCUUGAUUGCAUAUAUCUUGAUACUACAUUCGCAUCCCAUGAUGAGCCAUAUAGGGAGUUCCCCACGAAAGCAGAAGGGUUAAAAGAGCUUCUUGAAAAGGUUCGCCAAUGCCCUGCGGACACGAUCUUUUACUUCAGAGCAUGGACUUUGGGCUACGAAGACGUCUGGAUUGCCUUGUCCAAUUUGUGCAAGUCUCGAAUCCACGUGGAUGACUACCAGUUUCGAAUAUUCCGACCUGGCGACGAAGUCGGAGGAGACUCAUACCACAACGAAGGCGCAUCUCUUACAGGGUUUACAGUGGGAAACCACAAACUUUCAGGUUGCCUGACUGCUGAGAGUAAUGUCAGGAUCCACAGUUGCGAGCCUGGGACAAAAUGCCAUUCGAGCAUCAAAGGAUUGAAGAAUAUUAAGUGGAUUACACCCAUCAUAUCUAGACUCGAAGACGGAACCGAACUUAGAGAGAUCGGGGCAGGCGGAGGAGGAGGCGAUCUUUACCAAUCUUCCGACUUGAGACUAGACGACUUGACAUCAAUCCAGCAGCUUGCUGCAACUUGCGCCGAGCUUACGGACGAUGAAGCAGUGACUACUAUGCUCAAGGACGAAGUCACAAGAGCCCACAGACUCCAACGCUUCAGCAUGACAUUGGAGGGGGUUGAAGACUUACACUCAGGCGAGAAACCCUUGACCCUGAGAGAUUUUUUAGCACUCCUGUCUAAGUUCCACCCAUCUAUGCAUGCUUCGAGAGGACAGUCAGUGCCUCGGGGUAGACAAAGAGAUGCUGGCGAUACCAUCCAUUUUCCGUACUCUCGUCAUUCCUCUUAUCAUGAACUGCGCCACCUCAUUGGAGUGUUCAGACCGAAAGAUAUCUGUCCUUGUACAGUGGAUCUGGAAUCUUGGUGUGAAGAUCUCAGCAUGGAGGCUCUUUUUGGUGAUCUCUGUGUGGAAAAGACGUUCUACUACGAUGAGGAGACUAGACAGCAAGUGGAGGAAUGGAGAGAACGGGAAAGCUUAAGUUCGAUUAGAGGUCGAAAAAGAAAACGAGGAGAUGAAGAAACUCAAGAGACCGAAACUCAGGAGGACCACCAGCAAGUGGCAGUCGAUGAAAGUUCUCAAACAAACAUUGAUGGACCAGGAGUCAACACAACGAAGGGGAGUCUCUCUUCGAGCGGAGACAUAGUCGGUCAUGCUCAAGUGGAAGCGUCUGAGGACAGCGAUGGUGGCAGGAUACAAAUCACCUUGGAUGAUGGCUCGGAUGAUGACUGCGAGUCUCUUUCGAUGUUUGACAGCAUCCCCGGAGAGCGAUUGGUCAUACCUGUCAGGAAGUCGGCAAUGAAGUCAUCUAAUGAUUCGCCGUCGCAGGGUUCUGAUUGCGGCGAGGCCCCUGGUGAUCAAGAGCAAUUGAGAAGGUACGCGAGAAUGGAGGCGUAUCAAGCUGCAAGGCACUGUCUACUUAGAAACGACAGCAGUCAAUGGGACGAUCUGUGCCUGAGAAGUGUUGGGCGUCGUGGGCACGAGGAAGAAGAAAUCGAGUUAUAG